AUGGCCGAGGGCGCGGCGGGCAGGGAGGGUCCCGCGCUGCCGGACGCAGCCGGAUGUGAAGACGACCCCCGAGUGGGUCCGGACGCCGCCUCCGGAGAAGGCGUGGCUGUGGCCCCUGGGGGCAGGUGGAGGGACCGUCGCAGCGGGGUCGCGCUGCCGGGCGCUGCAGGGGCCUCGGCUGACAGCGAGGCCGGCCUCCUGGAGGCUGCGCGGGCGACCCCCCGUCGCAGUAGCAUCAUUAAGGAUCCUUCAAACCAAAAAUGUGGUGGAAGAAAGAAAACAGUGUCUUUCAGCAGCAUGCCAUCGGAAAAGAAAAUUAGCAGUGCGAGUGACUGCAUCAGCUUCAUGCAAGCUGGCUGCGAAUUAAAGAAGGUCCGGCCAAAUUCUCGUAUUUAUAACCGUUUUUUCACUCUGGACACAGACCUCCAAGCUCUUCGCUGGGAACCUUCCAAGAAAGACCUUGAGAAAGCUAAGCUUGACAUUUCUGCUAUAAAAGAGAUCAGACUGGGGAAGAACACAGAAACAUUUAGAAACAAUGGCCUCGCUGACCAGAUUUGUGAGGACUGUGCCUUUUCUAUACUCCAUGGGGAAAACUAUGAGUCUCUGGACCUAGUUGCCAAUUCAGCAGACGUAGCAAAUAUCUGGGUGUCAGGUUUACGGUACCUGGUUUCUCGAAGUAAGCAACCCCUUGACUUUAUGGAGGGCAACCAGAACACACCAAGGUUCAUGUGGUUGAAAACAGUGUUUGAAGCGGCAGAUGUUGAUGGGAAUGGGAUUAUGUUGGAAGACACCUCUGUAGAGUUGAUAAAACAACUCAACCCUACCUUGAAGGAAUCCAAGAUCAGGUUAAAGUUUAAAGAAAUCCAGAAGAGCAAAGAAAAACUAACCACCCGAGUGACGGAAGAGGAAUUUUGUGAGGCUUUUUGUGAACUUUGCACCAGGCCGGAAGUAUAUUUCUUACUGGUCCAGAUAUCUAAGAACAAAGAAUAUUUGGAUGCCAAUGAUCUCAUGCUCUUUUUAGAAGCUGAGCAAGGAGUCACCCAUAUUACUGAGGAUAUGUGCUUAGACAUUAUUCGGAGAUAUGAACUUUCCGAAGAGGGUCGUCAAAAAGGGUUUCUUGCAAUUGAUGGCUUUACCCAGUAUCUGUUGUCACCAGAAUGUGACAUUUUUGAUCCUGAGCAAAAAAAGGUUGCCCAAGAUAUGACCCAGCCACUAUCUCACUACUAUAUUAAUGCUUCGCACAACACCUAUCUCAUAGAAGACCAGUUCAGGGGGCCGGCUGAUAUUAAUGGGUACGUUAGAGCUUUGAAAAUGGGCUGUCGAAGCAUUGAACUUGAUGUUAGUGAUGGUUCAGACGAUGAGCCGAUCCUUUGUAAUCGAAAUAAUGUGACGACCCAUCUUUCCUUCCGAAGUGUCAUAGAGGUGAUAAAUAGAUUUGCCUUCAUUGCUUCCGAAUACCCACUCAUUCUUUGCCUGGGAAAUCACUGCUCCCUACCACAGCAAAAGAUAAUGGCUCAACAGAUGAAGAAGAUCUUUGGCGAUAAGCUCUAUACUGAGGCACCUUUGCCAUCAGAAACCUACCUCCCAUCACCAGAAAAAUUGAAAAGAAUGAUUAUUGUGAAAGGAAAGAAAUUGCCUUCUGACCCAGAUGUUUUGGAAGGAGAAGUAACAGAUGAAGAUGAAGAAGCGGAAAUGUCUCGAAGGCUGUCGGUAGAUUGCAAUGGCGAGCAGAAACAAAUCCUCCUGUGUAGGGAACUCUCCGAUUUGGUAUCCAUCUGCAAGUCUGUUCAGUAUAGGGAUUUUGAACUGUCUAUGAAAAGCCAAAACUAUUGGGAAAUAUGUUCAUUUAGCGAAACAGAGGCCAGCCGAAUUGCAAAUGAGUACCCAGAGGAUUUUGUAAAUUAUAAUAAGAGAUUCUUAUCGAGAAUUUAUCCAAGUGCCAUGAGGAUCGAUUCCAGUAACUUGAAUCCACAGGACUUUUGGAAUUGUGGCUGUCAGAUUGUGGCAAUGAAUUUUCAGACUCCAGGUCCAAUGAUGGACCUUCACACAGGCUGGUUUCUUCAAAACGGAGGCUGUGGUUAUGUUCUAAGGCCAUCCAUCAUGCGAGAUGAAGUUUCUUACUUCAGUGCAAACACCAAGGGCAUUGUACCUGGGGUGUCUCCUCUCGUUCUUCAUAUCAAGAUCAUCAGUGGUCAGAAUUUUCCAAAGCCCAAAGGAGCUUGUGCCAAAGGAGAUGUCAUAGAUCCCUAUGUUUGUAUAGAGAUACAUGGAAUUUCAGCAGACUGUUCAGAACAAAGAACUAAAACUGUCCAACAGAACAGUGAUAACCCUAUUUUUGAUGAAACUUUUGAGUUUCAAGUAAACCUACCUGAGCUGGCCAUGAUUCGUUUUGUCGUUCUGGACGAUGACUACAUUGGGGAUGAGUUUAUAGGACAAUAUACGAUACCGUUUGAAUGUUUGCAGCCUGGAUAUCGGCAUGUUCCCCUGCGCUCUUUUGUGGGUGACAUCAUGGAGCAUGUAACCCUUUUUGUCCACAUAGCAAUAACUAAUCGAAGUGGAGGAGGAAAGGCACAGAAGCGCAGCCUGUCAGUGAGAAUGGGGAAGAAAGUUCGAGAAUAUACUAUGCUCAGGAAUAUCGGCCUUAAGACCAUAGAUGACAUCUUUAAAAUAGCAGUUCAUCCCUUACGAGAAGCCAUAGAUAUGAGAGAAAAUAUGCAGAAUGCCAUAGUGUCUAUUAAGGAACUGUGUGGACUUCCUCCAAUUGCCAGUCUGAAACAGUGCCUGUUGACCCUGUCCUCUCGGCUCAUCACCAGUGAUAAUACUCCUUCAGUCUCUCUUGUGAUGAAAGACAACUUUCCUUAUCUGGAGCCUCUGGGGGCAAUUCCAGAUGUGCAGAAAAAAAUGCUGGCUGCUUAUGAUCUGAUGAUUCAAGAGAGCCGGUUUCUCAUAGAAAUGGCAGAUACAGUCCAAGAAAAGAUAGUGCAGUGUCAGAAAGCAGGGAUGGAAUUCCACGAGGAACUUCAUAAUCUAGGGGCAAAAGAAGGCUUAAAGGGAAGAAAACUCAACAAGGCAACUGAGAGCUUUGCUUGGAACAUUACAGUAUUGAAGGGCCAAGGAGAUCUGUUGAAGAAUGCCAAGAAUGAAGCCAUAGAAAACAUGAAGCAGAUCCAGCUGGCGUGCUUGUCCUGUGGACUUAGUAAAGCACUCAGCAGUGGUGCAGAAGCCAAGAGCAAACGUAGCCUGGAAGCCAUCGAGGAGAAAGAGAGUGGCGAGGAGAAUGGGAAGCUGUGA